UCCACUUGAUUUUAUGAACAGCCCCUAUCAUCAUGUCUUGUGUGGACUGCCUCAUGCUCAUUGUACUGUGGGGUUAGACACACUGUCACCAUUCCUAUAAAUAGCCUGCUUGAUUAUGAAGGACUAUUAGUGUUCCCUCUGGGAAGAAUAGGAGUUUUCACUGGCAUUUUAGGCCAGAUUUCUUGAAACUUUCUGGUGGAGAUAGGGUUUGGAGAGUAAAAAACUGUGCUGAAGAGAGUCAAUAAUCAAGGUAUUAAUGCUUGAAACACAGAUGCCCAGUGAGCCUGGAUAAUUCACAGAGAAAAUGGAAGUGUGAUGGUGGUGUGCUUUUAAACAAGGAGGCUUGGCUUCUGGGCUUGCAAGGAGCAAGGCAGCUGCUAUGAGGAGAAAGAGAAGUUCCCUGUGAUCCAAAGGAAAGCGGAGCUGCAGCUCAAGGGCAGCUGAAAUGUUGGAGAGUUUGCUCUGCACCUGAAAGAUGCUCAGGCAUACUGGGGACCAGCAGGCACCUUUAGAAGUUUUGCUCCACAACAGGAAAUCUGAAAAAAUGGGAUUUUUACAUCUCUCCAGCCAGCACUGAAACCGAAUGGGGAUUGAAUUGCUUUGCCUCUGUUUCCUGUUUCUGCACAGAAAUAACAAUGUGCAAGGGACCUGUUCUCAGGAAAGUGCAGUGACUUGUGAAGAUUGUUUGCUUUCCGGACCACACUGUGCUUGGUGUUCUCAAGAGAAUUACACAGACUCAGUUGGAACUCACGGGAGGUGUGAUACCCCAGAAAACCUUUUGUCAAAAGGAUGCCAGUUGAAUUCGAUUGAAUUUCCCUUUUCAGAAGUAGAAAUUCACAGAAAUAAGCCCCUAACUGUAGCGUCCCAGAAGACAAAUUCUGAUGUUACACAGAUAUCUCCUCAAAAACUAACUCUCAGGCUUCGACCAGGACAUGAAGAAACAAUACAGAUCAAGGUUCGGCAAACUGAAGAUUAUCCAAUUGAUCUAUAUUACCUCAUGGAUCUUUCAGCCUCCAUGGAUGAUGAUCUGAAUACAAUCAAAGAAUUGGGCUCAACUCUCUCUAAAGAAAUGUCAAAACUGACAAGCAACUUCAGACUGGGCUUUGGAUCUUUUGUUGAAAAACCAGUUUCACCAUUUAUCAAAACUACAGCUGCAGAAAUAAGCAACCCUUGCAGAAGUGUUCCCUACGAUUGCUUACCCACCUUUGGAUACAAACAUGUUUUGCCACUAACAAAUGAUGCUGAAAAAUUCAAUGAAAUUGUGAAAAGACAGCGGAUCUCUGCUAAUAUAGACACUCCAGAGGGAGGUUUCGAUGCAAUUAUGCAGGCAGCUGUUUGCAAGGAAAAAAUUGGAUGGAGGAAUGAUUCUCUACAUUUGCUGGUGUUUGUGAGCGAUGCUGAUUCCCAUUUUGGGAUGGACAGCAAACUGGCAGGGAUAGUUAUUCCUAAUGAUGGGAACUGUCAUUUGGACCACAAUAAUGAGUACUCCAUGUCAACUGUUCUGGAGUAUCCCACAAUCGGACAAUUAAUUGACAAACUUGUGCAAAACAAUGUUUUAUUAAUUUUUGCUGUAACAAAUGAGCAAGUUCACAUAUACGAGAACUAUGCAAAGCUUAUUCCUGGAGCUACUGUUGGACAAUUACAGAAGGAUUCUGGAAAUAUUCUCCAGUUGAUCGUUGCUGCAUAUCAGGAGCUGAGGUCCGAGGUGGAGCUGGAGAUCCUGGGAGAGACAGAAGGUCUCAAUCUCUCUUUCACAGCCAUCUGUAACAAUGGGACCUUUUUUCCACAUCAGAGGAAAUGUUCUCAUGUAAAAGUGGGAGACACAGUCUCUUUCAACAUGACUGUAAGUCUCUCCUCUUGUGAAAAAAACAGAAGGCAUAUUGUGAUAAAACCAGUGGGGCUCAGUGACAUGCUGGAAAUGGAGAUUGAUCCCCAGUGCGGCUGUAGCUGUCAGGCAAAGGCUGAGAUGAACAGCCCAAAAUGCAACAACGGGAAAGGAUCGUUUGAGUGCGGGGUGUGCGUCUGCAGCCCAGGGUACGUGGGGCCACACUGUGAAUGUGACGAGAGCUCCCUCAACACCAGCUCCUGCAAGGGCUCAGCAGAGCAGAGCUCCUGCAGCGGGAGAGGUGACUGCUACUGCGGGCAGUGUGUCUGCCACCUCUCCCUGUAUGGAAAGGUGUACGGGCCACGCUGUGAAUGCGAUGACUUCUCAUGUGUGAGACACAGAGGGCUCCAGUGUGCAGGUAAUGGUGACUGUGACUGUGGGGAAUGCAUGUGCCACAGUGGAUGGACUGGUGAAUACUGUAAUUGCACAACCGACACCAGAGCCUGCAUUGCUGAGGAUGGGACAUUGUGCAAUGGGAGAGGCGAAUGUGUCUGUGGGUCUUGUGCUUGCACCCAUCCAGGAGCUUCAGGCCAGACUUGUGAAAAAUGUCCUCUCUGCGGUGACCCUUGCAGUUCCAGGCGGAGUUGUGUGGAAUGUCACUUGGCUUCCGAUGACAAGUCACCGGGAGAAUGCAGUGAAAAAUGCAAAUUGGUUGAUGCAACUGUCAGCACCACAAAGGAUUAUUCAGAGGAUAAAUCCAUUCCCUGCUCUUUGCAGGGGGAAAAUGAAUGUAUAACCACAUUUCUACUGGCUGUGGAUGAACAGGGAAGGACAAUCAUUCAUAGCAUAGAACAGAAAGAUUGCCCACAGCUUCCAAAUAUUCCAGUGAUAAUGGUGGGUGUCAUCCUUGCUAUCCUUCUCAUUGGCAUUGUUUUACUUUGUACAUGGAAACUACUGGUGUCAGUUCAGGACCGAAAAGAGGUGGCCAAGUUUGAAGUGGAAAAAUCAAACGUUAAAUGGCAAACAGAAACAAAUCCACUGUACAGAGGCUCAACAACCACUUUUAAGAACGUAACUUACAAGAAUCAAGAAAAGCAAAAAGGGGCCAUGGCUGCAGAUUCCUGUUAGCACCUCCAACACUACAAACUUAGUUUUACUGGAAGGAAAUCUAAAACCACUUGUUUCUUCUCAGCUGAUUAGGUGAUGUUUGUUUACACAUUACAGUGGUAUAACCAUUUUGUCAGAGAAAAUCUGUCUUGUGUUGGCAAAACUAUAGAUAACAUAUGAAUGGUAAAAGUUAGAAAUAUUAAAAAAACCACACCAACUUUAAUAUUAAAGCCCUCAAUCUUAAAAAAACCAAAAUAGCAUCACAAAUAUUUUUAUUUUUUUCAUUAAUAGCGAGGAUUUAAAAUCAUAAUAUGUAUAUUGUAUAGCCUAUUUUGUGAAAUUAGGUAUAUACAAUGAGCUGUAUACUGAAUUCCAAUCCCAUAUAUUUGUAUUAAGGAAUGUAUUUGUACCAGUCUAUUUGGUGGGCUGGAUUAAAUUUUAGAAGAUAAUUUUUUCAGGAAUGCAGCUUAAACUACUGAGGUUAGAGGUUCCUCAUAGCACUUGUGUGACCCAGUAGUCUUUCAUCAGAAACAAGUAGUAUUAUUACCCAUCUUCUGUGCACCUAAGGUAUACAGAAACAUCUCUCUAAUUCUUCUUUCUUGCUGUGUUUCCCUCUUUCCUUGUCCUUGUUGCUGUUUGAUGUUCUUUAAGAAGCCAGUCCCUGCGGUUUUCUCAGGGAAAGUUAAAUCAAGCCCUCAUUCACUUGCAGAGUUGUUUCCUGUUCCAGACAUA